CGGGAGGCGGCCCUGCCGUCAUGGCGCUGGCGGAGGAGGCGCUGCGGAAGCAGCUGGGAAAGCGUCCCUCUGAAGUAAAAGCGCUUUGAUUUCCGCGUGAGGAGCCGGGGAGCGCCUGCUGAAGUUUUGCCAAGGAAUUGUCGGUGCAAAGCGAGAGAGUAUAAGUUCAGAGACCUGACCAUAGAAGAAAUAAAGAAUGUUAACAAGAUCUACCCAAACUUCACAUUCUCUAUGAACACAUACACCUUCAAGGAUGGAUCCCAGAAGGACCUCUUGAAUUUUAGUGGUACUGUUCCAGUGAAAUAUGGUAACUCCUAUAACAUACCUAUUCAUCUGUGGAUUCUGGAUUCUCAUCCCUUUGCUCCUCCCAUUUGCUUCUUGAAGCCAACUGUCAACAUGGGCAUUUCAGUGGGAAAGCAUGUUGAUGCACAUGGCAGGAUUUAUUUGCCCUACCUGCAAAACUGGAGCCAUCCUAAAUCAACUCUCAUUGGGUUAAUCAAGGAAAUGAUUGCAAAAUUUGAGGAAGAGCUCCCUUUAUAUUCACUGUCAUCUUCUGAUGCAACCAGGCAAGCGGAACUUCUCUCAUACAUUGCAAAGAUUACUGAAGGAGACACUGACAUGAAAUCAAAGCAGAAAGUGGGUGGAAGCAAAAAUGAAGGAUGUUUUAACAAAAUUACUGUUGUUGGAGCUGGAGAUCUUGGCAUUGCGUGUGUGCUAGCAGUUGCAGCAAAGGGUGCUGCAGACAAGGUGGUUCUUUUGGAUCUUUCUGAAGGUGCAACAAAAGGAGGGACCAUGGACUUGGAAAUCUUUGCUCUGCCAAAUGUGGAGAUCAGCAAAGAUUUUUCUGCUUCAGCUGAUUCAAAAGUUGUGAUACUUACAGUUAAUUCUCUGGGUAAUGCUCAGACUUACCUUGAUGUUAUACAAAGCAAUGUGGAUUUGUUCAGAGGAAUUAUCCCAGCAAUAUCACACUACAGUCAGAACUCGGUUCUCCUUGUUGCUUCUCAUCCAGUUGAAGUAAUGACAUAUGUGUCAUGGAAGCUGAGUGCAUUUCCCAAAAGCAGAGUUAUUGGAGUAGGCACCAACCUAGAUGCUGAGAGGUUUCAAUAUAUACUGACAAACCUUUUGAAAGCACAGGUGUUGGCAAAAGACACUUGGAUCAUUGGUGAACAAGGGGAGGACAAAGUACCAUCAUGGACCAGUGGUAAUUUAAUUGCAAAUCAAACUGAAGCAAUGGCUGUUCGUAACUCAAGGGAAAAGGUGGCUAACAGAGCUAUGGAAAUUCUCAAGGAGAAAGGUCAGAGAUCGUGGUCUGUUGGGCUCUCAGUUGCUGAUUUGACUGACAGUAUACUGAGAGAUAAAAGAAAGGUUCAUUCUGUAUCCACUCUGGCAAAGGGAUGUUGCAAUAUAAACAGUGAAGUAUUCUUAAGUCUGCCGUGUAUUCUUGGAACCAGUGGAGUAAUUGAAAUGAUCAAAUUUGAAGAAGACCCACUAGUGCAAGAGAAACUGCAAAGCAGUGCAGGCUCAAUUCAUGACCUUCAGCAGCAACUGAAACUGUAAGCAAGCACAAGGGAAGCCCCAGUGUCUGCUCACAUGUUGGAGAUUUGCUAGGCAGAAAGGGUUGCUUGGUGUAUAUGAAUUUCUAUAUAAACCAAAAAGGUUUGUUACUUUACUUUCAAAAA